AUGACUAUCAUGACACUGAAAGACAUUGAGCAGCCCAAGCUUCAAACUACUCUGGAGUUACUCAUCGCUCAGGUAGAAGCAGCGCGUGAUACCCUGCUGGCAAAUGGGCAAAAUGGAUUGCUUCAGACACUCCAUCCCGAUCAAGAAUUGCCGGAUUCGGCAUUGGAAGUCCUGGCGGGCAAGGCAAUCAACCUCCUGCAUGAAACCCAGCAGCUGCUUGAGCCAGCGCAUCUCGUGCUUGCAGAUCAUUUUCUAGGCUACGUGAGCACGAAAUGUCUCUGCGCAGCGGUGGAGCUGAAACUCGUUGAUAUUCUCGCGGAACAAAAUGCACAGGGCCUAACUGUGGCUGAGCUGGCACAGGCCAGCAGCGCUCACCCAGACCGACUGGAGCAAAUACUUCGCGUCCUGCGCAAUAUCAACAUUUUCGAUUUCGAUGCAGCCUCGGGUCGAUACCGCAACAAUCGCGUUUCUGCUCUGCUGCACACGACACACUGGACGCAGUGGCACAAUUGGGUUGACCUCUACGGAAAUGAAUUCUAUGAUAUCGCAAGAGGUAUCCCACAGUCCAUUCAUCAGAACGAGUCACGGUGGGGCGCGCAGAUCAAUUUUGAAACGGACGACGAUAUGUUCACCUUUUUCCAAGCGCAGGGAUGGUUGCCCCGGCUGCAUAGAACAUUGGGCGGUGGUGCCAUCGCUCAAGCCCCCGGUAUUCUGGCAGACUACCCCUGGCACGAAGUCGGUGACCGGGCGAUCCUGGACGUCGGCGGUGGUGGAGGCGGCUUCCUGGCGUCUCUUCUUCGCGAAAAUCCCGGAAUGAAGGGUGGCAUUUUCGACCUACCUCGCACCAUCGAGCACGCAGUGAGUCUCUUUCAUGAGCCUGAUGGGCCAUACUAUGAGCUGCGCGACCGUGUCCCGCGCGCGAAUCUCAUAGGCGGAGAUUUUCUGCAGUCUGUGCCGGCAUUCGAGGUGUACACGAUGAAAUGGGUUCUCCAUGACUGGAAGGACCCAGAUGUGCUCACCAUUCUACGACGAAUCCGUGCAGCCUUGAUUCCUGGACCAGUCAGCCGCCUUGUUGUGCUAGAGUCAAUCUUGUCCGAUGGGCAGAUGGGACGCCUAUCCCGGUAUGGCGAUAUUAACAUGAUGAUGACCGCUAAUGGCCAGGAACGCUCCGAAGCGCAGUGGCGCCAGCUAGCUGCUGAGGCUGGGUGGCAGGUUCGCAGCAUCUAUCCACUACGGAGGGCAUGGGUGUGCGCAAUUGACCUUCGGCCCAUGGAGGGAUGGAAAGCAUAG